AUGAGUGAAUCAAGAAUCAGAAAAGCUAAAUUAUCAUUAAUUAUGCUUUUAAAAAAUUUGACUUAAGAUUCUAAGUAUAAAAUAAUAUCAUUUGUUUUUGUAGAUGAUUUAUAUUAAUAAUUAAAUUUUUUUGUGAAAUAAUUCAUAAACUACAUUAGAAACAGCAAUUAAGCAUGUUUAAUAAAUGGAUGCUGA